AUGGACCCAUCAUCCAUCUACUCGCUGAUCCAGCGAAUUAAUAGUGGCGACACAGCUUCUGCAGAAUCAGAACUCGAGUCUUAUCGUCAAACUCACAUAAACGAACUUGUUUCGUCUUUGGCUACAGUAAUCACCCAAUUCGAAUCAGAAAUCCCCGUAGUACAAUCUGCCCUACUAAUUCUCAAAACAAUCGUCCCCAAAUCAUGGAGCAUUGCCUUUGAAGAGUUCCAAGGCCCAGCAAUUUCCCAAGAUAUUAAAUCAAAAAUUAGAACCCUCUUGGUUACAAACUUGUUGGGCCAUCCAGUCAGUAAGGUGCGCUCAGUGGCUGCACUGUUAACUGCAAGCAUUGCCUCGGCUGAAUACCCAGAUGAAUGGCCAAACCUAAUUGACGAGAUCACAGGUCUCGCUCUCAAUGGCAACCAGUACCAGCUUUUUGGUGCCCUUUCCACCUUAAAAGAACUUGUUGGUGAAACCAUUUCAGAAGCUGAGUUCCGCAGUGUCGGUGCAAAAAUUUUAUCUUCUCUUUAUACUGUUGCUUCGGCUUAUUCUUCUUCUCAAAAUUUAAACCCAAAAUUCCCGCUUCUUGCCUCGGCCAUUGCUUUCCAAGUCUUUGCUCAAUGUGCUGACCUUUUCGCAAUCCCAACAAAACCAAACUCACCUGAAGCUACAAUUGUUUCUGAUAUUAUCAACCAAUGGGCUCCUCUUGCCAUCCAGUACAUUUCAAAACAAAUAAAUCCACUUGAUGUAGAAUGGCUUUACAUUAAACUUGAAUCCUUAAAAGCCUUCUCCGCAUUGCUGCUUACAAUCCCUAAAAUUACCUCCCCGCAUGCUUCACAGGCAUUUGAAAGUGUCACCCAAAACUUGGAGUAUUUACUCCCUAGCUAUAUUGAAAACAAUAUUGAAAACACAUCUCCGUUGCCAUCUGAAGAAAUCAUCCAAAACUCAGGUGUUUUUGUCAAUGAAGAUGUUACUUUAGAUUCCAUCAUUUACGAAGAGUUUGAGCUCUUAGGUCAUUUGGUUAACCAUAAAUCCAUUGCCCUGAAACUAACAAAUAUCAUCCACCCCUUUUUCCAACUACUCACAAAUUAUUCUCAAAUAUCUAAAGAAGACGAAGAAAGUUGGACUGAUGAUAUGAAUGAGUUUGUCAAGGAGGAAAGCGACUUAUCAAUCCGUAAGGCUGUCCGCUCCCAGAUCCCUGAAAUCCUAAUGUCUCUAGAUCGAACCCGCCAAUUCGACCUACUCGGACUUUAUUUCAAAGAAGCAUUAUCAAACUUUGACCAGUCCUCAUGGAAGCUUCAAGAAGCAAGCCUCUAUCUCCUUUCUUGGAUUCUGGCCGAGGAUCAUGAAAGUCACCCAAAACUUGUACAAGAAUCAAUAGACACUUUAGUCCGUAAGGUCUCAGAGUUUCACUACGACACUAAUCAUAACCUUCUCCGUGCUCGCUCCUACAUUGCUGGUGGAUCCAUAUGCAAGUCUCUUAAAGACCGCAUCGAUGUCGCAGCAAUCUCAAUUCCUCUUUUUGAGUCUACUGCAAGUGCUGCCAUUUCCGACUCAAGCGACACCGUCAAGGGCGCUUGUCUCAUUGCAUUUUCCAAGUACUGUCAAAUCCUGCCCAAAGAUUAUAUCACUACAAAGCUUACGGCUCUCUACGAAAUCAUAGGCACCAUGACCCCCAAGGCUGAAGAAGAUACUCCGGCCAUGUUUGCAGAAGUCCUCAUGAACAUUAUCCAGUCAAACUUCACCUUCGCCGUCCGGUACCCCUCGCUGAUUGAGAUUGUCUACAACUUGCUUUCACGAGACCCCACCAAUGUCAUGCUUACAAAUGAGAUUGUCGACAUUAUGGAAGAGCUUGCAGAAACCGCAACAGAUGAAGAUGUUUACAAUGAGUUCUUGCAGCACUCUCUGCCGCCAUUGUUGCAGAGCAUCAUGUCUAUUACAGAUUGGGAGUAUACCCCUGAACUUGUCCUUUCACUCAAUAUUCUCGGUGUCAUUGUGGAUAAGGGCCCGUAUCCUGUUCCAGAAAUCAUUGUAGACAAGUUUUUCGAUCCCUUGUACAAGAUUGCCAUGAACUCAUCAGACAACCAAGUGUUACAAUCAGCCACAGAAAUCCUGUCCUUUUUAACAAGACAUGCAUCCAACCAAAUCCAAAAUUGGUCCAAUACAGAAGGCCGUAACGGAGUUGAACUUUUAAUCAUUGCGAUUGCUCGCCUGUUGGAUCCCUCCUGGGAAGACUCGGCCUGCAUGAAUACCGGGUUACUUAUUUUGGCCAUUGUAGACCGAUUCGGACCAAUGCUAGGAGAGUACCUGCCACAAAUCUUGGAAGCCACGGCCAAACGGUUGGCCAUUUCCAAGCACCCUGUUUUGAUUGAGAACUUUAUUGGGGUUUUCAGUGCGCUUGUAGCGACCUCAGCCACAGAGGUCAUUGAUUUUUUGGCCAGCCAACAAAUCGCUGACGAAAAUGGUAAACCUGUUUCCGGGCUGGAAGUUGUUAUUUCCAAAUGGCUUGCCAACUUUGACGUUCUGCGCGGGUACAAUGAAAUUAAAGCAAACAUUGUUUCGUUGGGGAAGCUAUAUGAGCUGCAGGAUCCUCGCAUUGCUGCCAUUCAGGUGGAUGGCGAUCCAGUUCCAGUUCCCAAAGAUGUUAUUUUGACUCGCUCCAAGGCUCGACAAUAUGCGUCGUUGUACACUCCAGUUUCUGCGCCGUGCAAAAUCAUCAAACUUUUCAUCCAUGAGCUAAUUUCCGGAAAGUUUGCACUUGAAAGAGAGGCUUCAGAAGCACUCAAACACGUUUCACAAGAAGAACAUGGUAACGAUGAAGAAGACGAUGACGGUGAGUGGGAGGAUUUGGAUGAUACACUGCUCGAGGGCGGGAUGACACUGGGCGACACGCUCAAGUACGCAGGAAUUGAGGAUUUAGAUGGCGAGGAGCUUUUUGAUGAAGAAGGUGGGGGCGGUCGCCGGGCUUGGGGCUCGAGCGACCAUGUCACCCAAUACAUGAUUGCCGACUGGCUCAAGCAUGUUGUCACCUCAGACGUGGGCAACUUUAAGGCUAACAUUUAUGAGUCUUUAAACCAAGACGAGAAAGAGUACCUUGCGACGUUGUUAAAGUGA